UCUCUUUCACCACAGUUCUUCUCUAUCUGUGCUAGUACGUGUAGUGAAACUAAAAGAUGGCUAUGGGAAGAGGCAGUGCAAUGGUUCUACUGUUCUGCUUUUUAGUGCUUGCCUCUGAUUUGGCUCAUGCUGCCACCUACAAGGUUGGAGAUGCUGGCGGUUGGACCUUUAACACUGUUGGCUGGCCUAAAGGAAAGCGCAUUCGGGCUGGUGACACACUUGCCUUCAACUAUAGCCCUGGGGCUCACAAUGUGGUGGCGGUGAACAAGGCUGGGUAUGAUACCUGCAAGACUCCAAGAGGAGCCAAAGUGUAUCGAUCAGGAAAGGAUCAGAUAAGGCUUGCCAGGGGACAGAAUUACUUCAUCUGCAAUUAUGUGGGUCACUGCGAGUCUGGGAUGAAAAUUGCCAUCAAUGCUGCCUGAUUUUUAUAGUUUAAUUUUGUUAACUUAAAUAUCAGUGUGCUUUCCUAUAAUACUCAUGUGAGAUGUAUUAGCAAAAUAUAGCCUGUUCUUUUUUAUACUUCCGGAAUAAUGGUUUUAGUAGAAGUCAUUUCCUGCUUUCAAUAAAUAGAUAGGUGGGUGUGAAGAAAAAGGUGUGUCAUGUAUGCUUCUGUAUGUUACUCAUGGAUCCAGUAACAAUAAAUAUCGGUAAUAGGUCU